AUGUGGUAUUAUGUUAGUGUAGAUGUUACAGAAGUUAUGUGGAGGAUUGUCAUUGUGCUGAUGAAACCGCCCCUUGGAGCGGAUGCUGCACCAAUGGGCUGGAACUCUACAGGAUGUGAAGUAACAAGAGCUGUGGCCACAGGGCCAACAGCAGCAACAGUGCCAAAACCAUUAACGGAAACUGAAGGAGAGUUAUCGUUGAGGGUAGAACAACCCGGACUGAGAGAGCACGCCAACUACAGCACUCUCAUCAAAAUAGCUGCAGAAACGUGGCAGCCAUACUUCCUCAUCAGCGAGGGUGAGCAGGAUGUUCCUGUGUACUCCGGCAUCAUGUGGGACCUGCUGCUGAUGAUCACUGACAAGAUGAAUCUCAGGAUCCAGAUCAUGCGUCCCCCAGACGGGUUGUGGGGGGUGGAGGACUCCAACGGCUCCUGGAACGGCAUGUUGGGUAUGAUCCAACGGCAGGAAGCGGACAUGGCCCUGGGGCCCUUCGCAGUGUCGUACAAGCGCACCAGAGUGGCAGACUUCCUAGCCACCAUCUUCGUCCUGCCUCACCGCAUAUAUCUGGCCAGACCCCACGGCUCUUACGGCGUCGGCGACUUUGUCAGGCUCUACAAUCCAAUGGUGUGGGUGAUGGUAUUCGUGUCAGGUGUGGUGACGACCGCGGCUGUGUGGGUGGCAUCAGGGGUGGAGGACUCAAUCUCAUCCCCCACCUACAUUGUCCUCUAUGUGUGGGGUUCCCUCAUGCAGGCCUCUGGGAAAUGGAGAGCGCGUGGUGUGGGAGGGUGGGUGAUGGGUGUGUGGUUCCUGGCGACGGUCGUACUGACCAACACAUACAGCGGCGCCCUGGUGGCCACCCUCACUGUGCCCCGGGUCGCCAUCCCUAUCGCAUCCGUCGAGGAGCUGGUGGCCCAGCACAACAUGCCAUGGCGCCUUGAACAGGGCGGCAUCAUCCUCCAAACAUUCCAG